UGCGAAGCAACGUGUAAACAAAUAUAACGUAUUUCACAACAUUAACCUAUCUGAUCAAUAACACUAGAAGUUUCUUUGAUUGUAUAAAAGCAAAUAACAUUAUACUGCAAACUUAUAAUACAUACAACGAUAGAAAGGAAAGAAUUACUAUGGAUAACAUUUACCAACGUUUGAUUCCAUUUAUUGAUUACCUGGAACAAUUGUUUUAUUAAAAGGAAAGGAUAUUAUAAAUAUUAUAACAAACGAGGACUGCACAAAAUUCGUUUUUAAAAGUUUUGAAUAUAUAAAUCAACUUCACUGCUUAAUAAAAGCAAAUAAUGGUAAAACUAUAUAUGCUACUGAAAUAAGCUAAAUGAAAAAAAAAAAUCAUGAAUUUUUAGUCAAAAGUGAUGAAUUUGCAACAGCCACAACAACAACAACUACUUCCAGACGUACCAUCAACAAAUAUAAAACAAUUAAUUCUUCGCAAGGGAAUUUAUCUGGUAGUGUUUCCGGGGAGUUCGUCGAGCUACUGUUGUACAUGUCAGGAUGUGUUGAUACAUAGCAUUUGGAAGUGAUAAUAAUUUUACGUUUUAGUAUCUAGUCGGAAUUAACCAAACUGUUUUUAUACAGUUGGACACGGCUGGUUGUGUUAGCAUUUUCAUGUGGAAUAUUUGAAUGGCACUUUUCUGCGUUCCAGUUCAUUCAUUUCAUUAUUACAACUUGAUGUUGCACGACUCAUAGGUACAGUGGUGAAGAGCACAUACUUUAUGUGUCAAGCCGCCCUAUACAUAAACAUUGAAUGUAAUAAAACGAAAACAAAGGAAACCCGGUAUAAUGAAAUAAAAAUGAAAUUGGAACAGAAGAUGAUAUUGAAACCUGCGAACCAUCAACUUUAGAUGAAUGUGUCAAAACUUCAAAAAACCUAGAAGAUAUCGGAUGUUGACUUUUUAGAAAUUAUUAAACCACAUUGCGUAAUUGUUCUCACUGAAACUGAAAAACUCUCAUUAUAAUUUAGAUAUUGAAGGUCACUGUGCAUAUCAUUUAUAUGGAAAUAAGUCUCCUAACACCAAAAAGGGACGAUAUAGUGGAGGCAUUUCAGUUUAUUAUAAGACAUAUUUACGUGAUAAAAUACAAGUUGUUGAUAAACAUCAAUGUGGUAUUUUUUGGCUAAGGAUAUGUAAAAGUUUGUUUCAUUUCAACUCUGACGUUUAUCUAUGUUGUGUAUAUGUUCCACCUCACGAUUCAACAGUAAUAAAUCGUGCUGAAAUUGAUAUAUUUGAACAGAUAGAAUUAGGAAUUGAAAAGUUUAAGGCCCCAGGAAAAAAAUUUCUGAAUGGCGGCUUUAACAGUCGCACAGCAGAUGAGUCUGAUUUUAUGCAUUUUGACAGAUUUUUGGAUACAAGUAAUAAAUUAGAAGUAAACUUAUUUACUCUUCCUAGAAGUAAUGUAGAUAAAAUCUUAGAUGUACAAGGAAAACGUUUAAUUGAACUUUGUAAAACGAUCAGUCUUUUGAUAGGUAAUGAGCGCUUAAAUGAUAGUGAUUUCACAUUUUUAAUGUAAAUGGUCAAAGUGUUGUAGAUUAUCUUUUAUUAAAUCAAACAGACUUUGCACUCGUACAGCAAUUUGAAAUAUUGCCAAUUACCGAAUUUUCAGAUCAUUGCGCACUUCAUGUUUGCAUAGAACGUAGAAGCACACCGAAUGUAUCACGUGUCGAGAGUACCGCGCAGGAACUAUUUAUCUCGUGGGAUGAUACGACCAUUAACACAUUUCGAUCGAAACUACUUGACAAUAGUUUAAUACUUGAGCGCCUUAUUUCAGAUUUGAAUAACAAUACGGUCGAUGAUACGGUGCGGUCUUUUACUUUAAUUAUGCAAGAUAAUGCAUUCAGCGUAUUUGGAAAAACACGUUCAUCAAAACCAACUGUUGAUUUAAAUAAUGAUGGUAAAAAGAAAUGGUUUAAUCAGGAUUGCUUCCUGGCACAUAAAAAAUUUAAUAAAGCUAGAAAUUCUUUUUUUUUGAAAUAGGUCAGUUGAAAACAAAACGGCCUUUUUAAAUUCAAAAAGACAAUACAUGAAAUUAAAGAAAAGGCAUAAGCGUAUAUUUCAACGUAAAGAAGGCGAGCGUUUAGCAAAUCUAGCGAAAUCGCAACCAAAACGCUUUUUGGAAAAAUGUAAAAUCGCAAUAUAAAGCUGUUUCUAAAGAUUCACAAAAUGUUACAGUUGAUUCUUUAUUUACACAUUUUCAUAAUUUGUAUAGCUCUAAUGCACCAAAUGAUCGUAAUAUUGGUGAUAAUAUGACAUUUUUCUGAUGUACAUGUUUCUGAUAACGAUCUAGACAAAGACUUCUCGGAAACUGAAGUAAAAAAAUGCAGUAUUUGCUCAGAAUAAUUCUAAAAGCCCAGGGACCGACCAUUUAAUAGCGGAAGUGUUUAAACAUCCGUUUGAUAUUAUAUCUCCACUUCUUGUUAAAACUAUACAAUAAAAUAUUUACCGACGGUUCAUUCCCAGAAAGUUGGAGCGAAGGUAUUAUUAUUCCAAUAUUUAAAGGGGGUGCUCCGGAAGCUAAGAAUUUCCGAGGAAUCACUUUAAAUAAUAUUAUAUCAAAAAUAUAAUCAAAACUUCUUGUAACACGGCUCACAAUCUGGGCUGAUAAACACCAAAAGUUAGUAGACAAUCAGUUUGGAUUUCAAAAGAAUACAUCUACUAUUGAUUGUAUUUUUAUUUUGCAUGCUCUCAUAUCUAAGAGUCUAGCAAGUAAAAAGAAAGUAUAUGUAGCCUUCUUAGACUGGGAGAAAAUGUUUGAUAAAAUAGAUAGAGUUUAUUUGUGGCAAAAAUUGCUAAAUGCGAACGUAAGCACAAAGUUUAUUCUAGCAAUUAAAUCAAUGUAUUGAUCAGUUAAGUCGUUUAUACGUUACAAAUCAACAAACUCAGACUUUAUAAACUCGACCAUGGGGGUAAAACAAGGCGAUCCGGCCAGUAGCAUUUUAUGUCUUUUCUUUUUAAACGAUAUAGUUAAUAACGUUAAUACAAAUAUUGAUGGUAUUUUGAACAUUGAUGACUUACAGUUAUUUCUACUAUUAUUUGCCGAUGGCGCAGUUGUAUUUGCACACGACCCAAAUUCUUUACAGUCUAUGUUGAAUGACAUAGAAGAAUAUAGUAACUUAUGGGGUCUACGUCUUAAUGUGAACAAGACCAAGGUAAUGAUCUUUGAAAAGGGUCGACAUACUCAUUUUGGUUUCUACUUGUAUAACAACCGCAUUGAACUUGUAGACGCAUUUAAGUACUUAGGCGUAUAUUUAUAUAAAAACGGUAAUUGGAAUCGUACACAAAAAAGAAUUGCCCAACACGGUUCGUAUUCAUUACACAACCUUUUUGUAGUAUGUAACCAGCUAGAUCUACCAAUAUCACAGAAGUCUAAACUAUUUGAUUCAUUGGUUGCUUCUACGUUAAAUUAUGCCGCAGAAAUCUGGGGUAAUCAUUUAGGACCGUACGUCGAACUUAUACACACAAAGUUUUGUAGAAAAGUACUAGGUGUUAAGCGUUCUACGAAUUUAAGUGCGCUGUACGGAGAACUUGGUAGAGUUCCGAUGAGUAUAAAUAGAAAACUUAUCAUGAUUAAAUACUGGGUUAAGUUACUAACAUCUAAAGAAAACUCAAUACUGUUCAAAACUUAUAAGAUGUUAAAAACUGAUGUCGACCAAAAUAAUACAUAUAGUAAAUGCAACUGGGCAUUUCAAAUCAAACAUCUACUCGAUGAGUGUGGUUUGUCAUAUAUUUGGCAAAAUCAAUUUAAUAUGCUGAUUAACUAUAAUAGUAUAAAUCAAAGAAUACUUGAUAUGUUUUAUCAAAGCUGGUAUGGAUCUAUUAACAACUCCCGACGCUUAGAAACAUACAAUACUUUAGAAUAUAAUUUUGAGUUUGAAAAAUAUCUAGAUUUUAUAAAAGGUAAAAGAUUCAGAAUGGCUUUAACAAGAUUUCGAACGUCGUCUCAUGACUUGGCUAUUGAAAAGGGUAGAUAUACAAGUAUGCCAAGGAAUGAAAGAAUUUGUAAAAACUGCAAUUUUGGACAAAUAGAAAACGAAUAUCACUUUUAGAUUACAUGUAAUAAGUACAAGGAUUUAAGAAAAAAACAUUUGAAACACUACUAUUAUACUUGACCUACAUUACAGAAAUUUACCAAUUUGUUAAUGUCAGAUUCUAAAACAGUGUUAAAGGUUUAUCGAAAUAUUUAUAUUUUGCAAACUUAUGUAGAGAAUGAACAUGUUGUCAGCUCCGUCGCAUGAAUUCAGUCUAACCUAUAUUUCACUAUUACUGUGUAGUUUAUACUCCUUGUAAAUCCAGUCUUCAGCUUAUAUAUAUAUAUGUUUUUGCUAUAAGCAUAUAAUUGUAUGUUUAAUGCAAUAAACUAUUUGAGUUGAGUUGAAUAUAGUUGAUAAUUCAUGUAACAAAGGUUGCGUUUUAAAGAAAUAUUAUCAAAAAAGGAAGGAUUUAUAAAAAAACACUAACAAAGCAUGGUAUCUAUCAAACACGUAUUUCAAGAAUUACGUAGAUAAAUGUUGUACAAACAACUGAAUCUGUUCAACCGUAGCAGUAUGCCAUACUUAUACGCUUGCCUGAAUGUUAUGAUAUUUUCAUGUAGUUAAAAUCAUUCAACCAUAUGAUUAUGGUGUAAUCCUACGCAUGACUGAAUGCUAUGAUAUUUUGAUGUUAUUGAAAUCAUUUAACUGUAGGAUUAUAGAAUAAUCAUACGCAUGGCUGAAGAUAGCGGUAUUAGUAAUGUGUGAAUUAGGAAAUAAUUAUUUGUUCAUUAUGUUCUUUACAUUAUUAACUCUCAGUAUUUUAUACAAUAAAUCAUAAAUGUUUAUACCAUCUAGUAACAUUUUUAUAAAAUAUAAAUGAGUUUACAGAAUAAAAUAUAUCGUUUGAAAGAAACAAUAUACUGAUAAUUUAAACCCUCAAUAUGUUAAAACGAAAAACGGGAGAAUUUUGCUUAAGGCAGUUUGUUCUUCUUGUGGCAGAAAUAAAUCUACGUUGGUUAAAAGUACAACAGGAGGUAAUUUAGAUAUUCAUAAAGCAAUAUUACUUUUAUUACCUAAGAAAGGUUUAAAACUUCCAGGUUAUAACUAUUGUGAGUUGGAAAUGACAUGUCAGUGACAAUAAUUGACUCAAAAUACAUUUGUUUAUAAAAAUCCUUAAGGCGAUGAAACGGAGCAUUUUAAAAUUGAUGAAACAAUUCUGAGUUGUUGACUUACUUUUUUUCAUACGUCAUUAAAAAAGAAGUUUAAAAAGACAUGUUUAUAACUUUAUCACAGACAUACAGUAAAAGAAUAGAUCUAAUUAAUUAUACAAAUAACGCGGUUAAAAAUUUUAAAAUGUUUUAACUCGCAGCUAAUAAUAUAAAAUCUCAAUAUGGUUUGCAACUCGGCAUCAAAAAAUAGUACUUUGUCGUUUUUGACAGAAUAAAAGUUUUACAGGAUUUGUUGGGAAUUGAUCUCGCAUACUACUGACACUAGACAUAAAAUUUCAUUUCAACCGUCGUGCGUACCGAUUGCUUCACCGAGACUUGUAUACUGUAUACAAACUACGUCAUAAUUUUUACAUAAAAGAACUAUCUAUAUAUGUCUACUAGUUGUGCUAUGCAUGAGUUAUAUUUCUUGUCUCUAUAACAUUUAUGUAAACAAUAACAAUAACAAUUUUCUUUUUAAUUGCACUUUAUUCUUUCUUUUGGAAUGCCGCUUAAACAAAAUCAACUUGCAUAUAAUCCCGAAAUACAGUUCGAGUAGAUCUAAAACAUGUAACUGAUAAUUAAAAUGUCUAGAUCUACUUUCAGUUUCACUUUUUCAUAAAACUCGCCUUUACGUAUGCUAGGGUUUCACCUGGCGGGGAUUACUAUUAUUUACACUGUCUUGUGACUUUAGAACAUGGUGGGGUUAAG